GCGCCUCUGAGCCCGGGCAGAGCACGCUGCCCCGCCGCCGAGCCCUCACCCGCUUCUGCUUUCCCUCCCUGGGCGGCUGCAGUGGCCAUGGAGCCUGAGGCGCGGAGCGUGCAGAUCCAGUUCCCCCAUUACGCCUCGGUGCUGCUGGAGUCCCUGAACAAGCACCGCCUGGAGGGCAAGUUCUGCGACAUCGCCAUCCACGUGCAGGGCCGUGUGUUCCAGGCACACAAGAGCGUCCUGGCUGCCUCCUCGCCCUACUUCCACGACAAGCUGCUGCUGAACGACACCAACUGCCUCGUGCUGCCCAGCGUCAUCGAGCCCCUCGCCUUCGAGAACCUGCUGCAGCUUAUCUACUCAGGGCGCCUCAGACUGCUCCUGGAGGCCCUGCCCAGCCACCUGCUGGUGGCCAGUGGCCUGCAGAUGUGGCAGGUGGUGGACCAGUGCUCCGGCAUUCUCAAGGAGCUGGAGGGGGGCGGGCCCUCCUGCCGCCCCUGGUCUGGCCGAGCUGGGGAGAGCCAGUCCCCCAGCAGCAGCAAUCACUUGGGCAUCCGGGACAACGGGGGAGCUGCCGGGGGGUCUGAGGGGUCCUGCCGGCCCCGCCGCCCACAGCACGAGUGCCCAGAUGAGGAGGUGGUGAAGAUCCGGGUGUCUCAGGAGGACGAGGAGGAGGAGGAGGACGAUGAGGAAGACCGGCAGUCCCAGAUCUGCAGCGGGUCUGCUGACCGGCCGGUGAAAGUCAUUUUGGACGAGGAGGAGGAGGAGGAGGAGGAGGAAGGGGGGGGGCGUGGCGGUGGCUGCCCCGGCAGGGGUUCCAGGGAGCAGGGCCCCGGCUUUGCUUCCCCCCACGAAACGCCUAAAGUCUUUUACAUCAAGCAGGAGCGCUUUGACCCGGAGGAGGCUGCCGCCUCCAUGCUGGGGGGUGGCCCGGCCUCCUGCCUGUCUGAGGCCGGCUUCCUGAAAUCCUUGGGGAGGCCCCUGGGUGCAGCUGAGGUCCCAGGCCUCUGCCAGGCGGAGAUCCAGGCCACCGGCGAGCUCAGCUACAUCCUGCCUGGUGGGGCCUCCUCAUCCACAGCACCCGGCUCCUUCGCCGUGAAGGCCCAGCCCCUCUCCGCAGACUCCGUUGCAGCUUUCCCCGAGAGCUCAUGGAAGCCCAUCGAUCUGCAUGGCAACGAGAUCAUCGCCCAUGCCGUCCAUGGCCAGGUGGUCCACGCGCCGGUCAAGCUGAUGUCUGCGCCCGACGGCAAGAAGUUUGGCUGCCUGUGCGGGAAGCGCUUUGCCGUCAAGCCCAAGAGGGACCGGCACAUCAUGCUGACAUUCAGUUUGCGCCCAUUUGGCUGCUCGGUCUGCAACAAGAAAUUCAAGUUGAAGCACCAUCUGACAGAGCACAUGAAGACCCACGAUGGCACCCUCUACGCCUGUGAGGACUGUGGCCGCAAAUUCCGCGUCCAGAGUUGCUUCCUGAAGCACAAGGAGCUCUGCAAGGGGCAGGGCUGGGCCACCGCCUGCUGGACCUAUAAGUAGGGUGUCUGUUGAAGGAGGGAGGUUCCCAUCCGAGCAGAAGUGGAGCCCGGCUCAGGGCCCUGCCUGUUCCCUGGACUCGCACCUGGAGGAAGCACCGCGUGGGUGCUGCAGUGCCAGACUCAGAGCAGUGCGGGCCCGUUCCGUCGCUCUGCAGUCCUU